AUGGAGCAGCAGCAACACGAGGCCAAGCAAUAUGCCGGCGAUCCCGCGGCGAUUGAGUUGCAUUCCCCCUCUGACGGUCGUCGUUCGUCCGUCUCGGCCCCCAUCAAUGCUUCCGGCCACAAGCAGGAGCUGGAUCGGAAUUUUGGCUUCAUCAAUAUUUGUGGUCUGGCUUUGACCAGUGGAAAUACCUGGAUCGCCUUGGGUGGGAGUAUUGUCACAGCUAUCUAUGAUGGCGGCCCGCCCGGUGUCAUCUAUGAGAUGAUCGCUGCCUCCUUCUUCUACUGGUUCAUCGCCGCCUCCCUGGCCGAGCUGGCCUCGUCCAUGCCAUCCUCCGGUGGAGUCUACCACUGGGCAACCAUCACCGCUGGUAGAUACGGACGUCCGGUCGGCUUCUUCGCCGGAUGGUGGAAUUUCCUGGCCUGGAUCUUCGGCGCCGCAUCCACGACGCAGAUUCUAGGCACACAGGUGGUGUCGGCGUACGCGCUCUUCCACCCCGAGUAUACCAUCCAGCGCUGGCACGUUUUCAUCGCGUACCUGAUUUGCUCGAUCGGCUGCUGCCUGACUGUCGCCUUUGCCAACCGGGCGCUUCCCAUGAUCGAAUCCGUCGGCGGAGCGUUGACGGUAGCCGGCUUCCUGAUCACGGUGAUCGUGUGCGCGGUGAUGCCGUACGUCAACGGCCAACCCUACGCGACCGACGACUUCGUCUGGCGAGACUGGCUCAACGAAGCCGGCUACAGCAGUAACGGCUUCGUGUUUUGCUUGGGAAUGUUGAACGGAGCGUUCGCCGUCGGCACGCCGGACGUGAUCUCGCACCUGGCGGAAGAGGUCCCGCAACCGGGCAAGAACAUCCCCAUCGGCAUGCUGGCACAGUACGUGAUGGGCUUCUUCACAGCGUUUCUCUACCUCAUCGUCAUCUUUUACGGGAUCACGGACCUGGACGCCGUCCUCGACGCCCCCUACCUCUACCCCUUGACCGAGAUCUACGUCCAGAUCACCGGCUCCCGCGGCGGCUCUCUGGGUCUGAUCAUCGUCUCGCUUCUGCCCCUGGUGGUGGCCAUCAUCGGCUGCUACCUCACUUCCAGCCGUGUUCUGUGGACGCUCGCCCGUGACGGCGCCACCCCCUUCAGCGGCUACCUCCGCCGCGUCGACCCGACGCACAAGAACCCCCUCGCCGCCGUGCUCGUCAGCGGCGUCAUCCCCCUCGUCCUGGGCUGUAUCUACGUCGGCAACUCCACCGCCUUCAGCGCCUUCGUCAGCUCCUUCGUCGUCCUCACCACCAUCUCCUACCUCGCGGCCAUCCUGCCGCACCUCCUGCGCGGGCGUCAGGGCAUCCCCCGCGGGUGGUUCUGGAUGUCCGGCCCCGUGGGCUUUAUCGUGAACGGUGUCACGUGCGCCUUCAUCAUCGUGUUCAUCGUGAUCUUCUGUUUCCCAUUCUCGAUGCCCGUAGAUGCCGAGACGAUGAACUACACGUGUCUGAUCACGGGCGGGUUCACGAUUCUGAUUGCAGGCAUCUGGGUGGCGAAGAAGGGGGAUUACCAGGGUCCCACGGUGGUGGCGAUCGAGAGUGAGGCUUUGGCGAAGGAUGCUAUUUAG